AUGCUAAGUGUCCCUCAUCGGGCAAUUGAUAAUAAAUUUCUUGCUAAUAUCGAAGGUUAUAAAGGGACAAUCCACAAAUUAGGACGAUUAGUAACUCAUGAAUGGUGGACUGUAAUUGAUAAAGAAGGAAAGUCAAAAGAACGUUAUUUAUUUUUAUUUAAAGCACGAAUUUUAAUUUGCAAAGUUAGACGCAUUUCUGACGAUCGAUCAGUUUUCAUACUUAAAGAUAUCAUCCGAUUGCCAGAAAUAGAAUUAAUUGAACCGGACGAAAGUUUGAAAAUCGAAUUUAAAGCAGCUGAUGGUAUUAUUGCUAUUGUUGCACAUAAAGAAGAAUCAAAGAAAAUUUGGUUACGUGAAAUCAAGCAAUACCUUAGUGACGCCGUUGCACUUCAAGAACAUUCUAUUGACGAUAUUCGAAUUGAUCCAAAGCAACAUCUCGAUACUAACGAACCAUUAAUCAAGCUACCACAGCGUAUCGAAGCUUACGAAAACGAUCAAAAUAUCAAGCCAUCAGACGUCGCUGAAAAUUAUACAAUCUCGAAAUUUUCAACGAAAAAAGUCUCAGAAGAAGUAACAAAAACACAAACUUUAACCGAAUCUACAACUACUACUACUACUCAAAUUAAUAAAACUGAAAAGACUGAAGAAUCUAGUCAGCAAAUUGCACAACAAAAGUCUUCAGCAUCUACAAAGGAGCCAUCAAAGAUCCCUGUUUUUAAGAAACAAUCAACUGAAGAGAAACCUGAUGUUUCAGAAGUUAAAAAGUCUGGAAAGCCUGUAAUCUCACCUCAAGCACCUAAAGAAAGUCUAUUUGAAACUGCUAAGAAGACUCAACAAGUUGAAACUAAAACUCAAGUAAAAGUUGAGGAAAUUAAAAAAGUUGAAGCUAUUAAAGUUGAAGAAAAAGUUACGGCAAAACUUGAACAAGUCAAAAACGUAGAAAACAAAGUCGAAGAAACUAAAAAAGUCGAGGAAUUCAAGAAACCAGAACCCAAAGUCGAGGAAUCAAAGAAACAAGAAGCUAAAGUUGAAGAACAAUCUAAAAAAGUUGAAGAAGCGCCAAAGCCAUCAAUCGAAAAACCAAAAGCGUUACCGGAAUUAAAAACAGAAAUUGUUCGUAAAGCACCUGUUGAUCUUACACCUGUUGCUUCAUUAGAAAAGUCACUUGUUAUUGAAACAAAGAAAGUUGACACUGAAAAGAAAGAGGAAAUUAAGCAAGACAUAGUUAAAAGUGAAUUAACAGAGGUUGAACAAUCUGUCAGUGAGAAACUAGAUAAACUUAGUCAAAAAUUAAGAUCGAUUCGAAAGACAGAAGUUGAUAAGGAACUCAACAAAUUUACACCAAAGGAAGCUGAAGAACCAACUGAAAUCGAAAAAUCUGAAGAAAAAAUAAGAAGGAAAGAAGCUAUUAAGGAGGAAAUUCAAGAAAAAAUCGAGGAAGAUUACAUUGCUGAAAAUAGUGUAAUCCGUAGAAUUGAAGAAAGAUAUAAGAAGAAUUAUAAGGAAAGAUAUACUGCAAAGUCUAAAAAGAGCAUUGAUCUUGAGGAACCACCAAAAGUAUCCAAAAAAGUCGAACCUGAAGUAAAACUUGCUGAAGAAAAAGCUGAAAAACCAAAACCAGCACCACUAAACUUAUCAAAAGACGAGAAACUAGCUGAAGAAAAAUUACCAAAAGUAACUAAAGCAGCUGAUUCUGGUGACUCAAAAGACAAACAAUCACCACCAAAAGAAACCCAACAAAGCAACAACAAUAAUAAUUCUGAUAAUAAUCAAUCAGAUCAAAAUCAGGAUCAACCACCAACUCCACCACAAAGACCAAAUAAUCAAAGAAGAAAAGGUUCAGGAGAUAAGGAACGAUCACCUCCAACUCCAGGUUCAAUAAAAUUACCUGGAUUCUUUGAUCCACCACCACCAACCCAAUACGAAGCUUCUUUUGAAGUUCACGUCAAAAAGGAAAAAUAUCCUGAUCCACCACCGAAAAUUACAAGAAAAGUUGUCGUCAAGAACGAGGAACUAGAGAAGAAGACAGAAGAUUUUUUGAAAGGUGACUUACCAUACGAAAAAGAAGACUGCUCAGUAAUCACAGCACAACAAAAGAUUAAAAAUUUAAAACAUAAUCUUGGCAAGACAACAGAGACAAUUAAGUUUGCAGAAGAUACCGUAUCGAAGGCAAUCUUAGGAGAUUUUUCACAUAUCAAAACACCUGGCACUGUCGUUGGAGAACGCAAAAAAGGGCCUGUGUUUGAAUACCAAUAUACUGUUGAGGAUCCCAAAACCGGGGUAUGCAUAACAACUUCUGAAAAUAUUGAUUUUGAAGACGCAGAAGAAGAUUUAACAAGAUUAGCAAAAAUGGAUGCAGAUAGCAAAACUAAAGUUACCAAACGCGUUGAAGUCAAGCGCGAAGAAUCAAAACAUGUCAGCACUAGCAGCAAAAUCAUUAAUGGAAGUGGAAAACGUCCAAUUUUCAUGAAAGCAAUUAAAGGAUGCAAUAUCGAGCCUGGUGAAACUGCUACUUUCGAAUUCCAAUUGGAGGAUAAGCCUGUCAAUGUUGUAUGGUUGAAGGAUAACAAGCCACUUGAAGAUCCAUUACAGGAUCGUAUGACUUUUAAGGAAGGUGAUCAUAAUGCUUAUACAAUGCAAUUGAUUCAUUGCCGUGAAUCUGAUAGUGGAAUCUAUAUUGCAAAAGCAACAAAUGGAUUUGAACAUGCUACGUGUACAGCACAACUCAUUGUUGAAAAAUUAUCUGAUGAAAAACGUAAAGAGCUUACUGAAACAAAUGCUCCAUACUUUGAGAUUAAGUUGAAGGACACAGAAGUCAUUGAGAAUACUUUCCUUACUUUCAUGGUUAAGGUCAAGGGUGAGCCUACACCAAAGGUUCGAUUCACAAAAGACGAUAAGGAAAUUAUGGACACUCAUAAGCACUACAAGAUUAAUCGUGAAAGUGAAAAUCUUGGAUAUUACGAAUUAAUCAUUGGGGAAGUCAAAACCACUGAUGCUGGUACUUACAACUGUACAGUUUACAAUAAAUUUGGUACAUCAAAGUGUGAAUCAAAGGUUACAGUCGUUCAAGAAAAAGACAUUUUCGGAGAUUUUAGUGACAAAGUUGCUGAACCUGGAGCACGUCCAUCUUUCCAUUGGAAGAAAGAUGGUGAAGCGUUUGAUCCAGAAGAAAGAUUUAAGGUCUUAAUGGGUGACGAUGAGGAUUCACUUGCUUUAGUUUUCCAACACGUUCGUCCAGAAGAUGCAGGUCUUUAUACUUGCGUUGCUGCCACACAAACUGGUGCAAUUUCAUGUAGUGCUGAAUUGACUGUUCAAGGAACCGUCAAUGAACUUCCACGUGAACCAUGCAAGGCAAAUCUUGUUGUUGAUACCAGAGAAGCUUUAGCUAAUAUCGGUGCUUCUGCUAUGUUGGAAUUACAAUGCAAAGGUUUCCCAAGACCAGAAGUUUUAUGGAAACAUGAAGGAAAAGUCAUUGAACCUGGCGGUCGUUAUCGUUUCCUUUAUGAAGAUGCUGAGACAAUGACUUUAGUCAUCAAGAAUGUCUCAACAGAAGAUGCUGGUGUCUACACUAUCACAGCCAAGAAUGAAUUGGGUCAAGAUGAUACCGAAAUGAAAUUGAUUGUACGUCGUGCACCAAAGAUUCAUAAGCCAGGUGACAUUUAUGCACCAGCUGGCGAGGCUUACAAAAUGUCAAUCGAAAUUUCUGGCAUGCCUGAGCCAAAGUCAAAGUUCUUUAAAGACGGCCAUGAAAUAAUUGAAACUGAGAGAAUUAAGAUUCAUCGUGCUGGAGAUUUCUAUUUAAUUAAAUUCAGUGAAUGUCAUCUUAGCGAUACUGGUGUCUACUCAGCUGUCGCAACAAAUGAUUUAUGUACAUCAACUGAAUUAUGGAAUUUCCGUGUCACAUCUCCACCAAAUAUCAGAGAUAGAUUAAAUAAUGUGACUAUCGUUGAUGAAAGAGAAGACAUCGAAUUGUGUGUUAAGGUUGAUGCCUAUCCACCACCUACAGUCAAAUGGUUCAAGGAUGGUGUUGAAAUCUCUCAAAAUGAUCCACGUUGCAAGUUGAUUGUCGAUGGAGAUAACUACAAAUUGAAGGUUCGUGCAGCAGAUCGCGAUGAUUCAGCACUUUACACUGUUGAAUUGACAAAUGACAACGGAACUGUACGUGAUGAAAGUCGUGUCCAUGUCAGAUGUGCACCACAAAUUAAGGAACAUCUUAAGGAUGUUAUUUGCAAUGAAAGUGACACUGAAGUACAAAUGCAAGUUACUUUGGAUGGUUUCCCUAAACCUAAAGCUAAGUGGUAUCUUGGUGACAUUGAAAUCACUGAGAAGCAAUAUCGCUUUGUUGAGGAAGGUGACGAAAAUACUACAAUUUUCAAGUGCUAUAUUAAGGAAGCAACUGUCGAAGCAAGAGGCAAAUAUACAUGCAAAGUCACUAAUGAAUUUGGAAGCGACACGUCAACAUCAAAUGUUACUGUCAACUGUAAACCAAAGAUUAAGAAGACUCUUGUCGAUACUGAAGUCGAUGAAGGAACAACUUUAGUCCUUGAAGUUGAAAUCUACUCCGUUCCUGAUCCACAAAUCACUUGGACAAAGGAUGGACAAGAAGUUCAUACUGAUGCUAGAAUUAAAAUCACUCGCGAUUCUCAACGUUCUGAGACUUAUGCAUUGACCUUGAAUUUGGUCAAAGGAUCAGACUCUGGAGACUAUGAAAUCAAGGCUACAAACUUCUUGGGUACAUCUACAUCACGCAGCCGUGUUGUCGUUCAAACUUACCCUGAGAUCAUUAAGGCUGAUUUCGAGAGCAAGAAGACAUUCGAUACUCUUCCAAUAUCAUGGUCUGUUGACGCUAAAGGUGUUCCACGUCCUGAAGGUAUUUGGAUGUUGAAUGGAACUGUUGUCAAGUCCAGCGAACGUGUUAAAAUUACUGAAUCUGGCGAAAACUACAAAAUUGACAUCGUUGAUGUUAUUAUGAGUGAUCAUGGUGAAUGGUCUUUCGUUGCUAAGAAUCGUUUGGCUGAAAAGAAAAUCAGUGCUAAUCUUGAAGUUAUUGCUUGUAAUGAAUAUCGUCGUCCAAAUCUUAAACGUCGAUUCUUAGAAAAUGUCGAAGCUCCAAAAGAUUCGGAAGUUACUCUUACUCUCUCAUUAACUGCUGAUCCAGUUCCUGAUCUUACAUGGUAUCAAAAUGGAAAGGAAAUCUCUUCUGAUCAAUAUCGUGUCAUUACAUCAUCUGUUGGUGAAUUGGAACAUAAUUUGAAGGAUAUUACUUACACUUUGAAGUUCCCUAAGGCUAGACACUUUGAUACUGGUGACUACUAUGUCAAAAUAAAGAAUAAGUACGGCGAAGCUGAAGAUAAGUGUCGCGUCGAUAUUCGUUUGAAACCAGAAAUUGAAGGUCUUCAAGAUAAGAAGUGCUUGCCAUACGAGCAAGUCAUCUUCCAAGCUACAAUUUAUGCUAAUCCUACACCAAAAGUUACAUGGACAAAGGACGGUCAGAACUUGUGCAAUAAUGACAAUUGUGAUGUCAUUGCAGAUCUUGAAAAGGAAGUUUAUACCUUGAUUGUUGAAUCAUGUGCAAUUAAGGAACAUGGUACAUAUACUCUUACAGCUACCAACAACAUUGGUGAAACUAUUACCACUGCCAACUUGAAUGUUCAUGUUGAAAAACCAAACUUUAGCUUGAAACCACAAAGCAAGGUCAUUCAAGACUACAAAGAUUACGAAACUAAGAUUAAGGUUGGUGGAAUUCCACGUCCAACUGUUCAAUGGUAUCGUAAUGGUAAACCAAUUGACACAAACAUCAUUGAACCAAACACAAAUACACCAAAAUAUAAGAUCCAUACUAUUGGUGAUGCUCAAUUGACAUCAGAAUUCUAUAUUACUCAUUUUGGACCAACUGAUUCGGAUAUGUACUCAAUUAUUGCUUCCAACAUUGCUGGUGAUACAGAAGAAAAGUUCAGCUUAGCCAUUUUGGAACAAUCUCCAGUCUUUGAGACUAAAUUUGAUAGAUUCUUGGAAAUUCCAGAAGGGGAACGUCUUGAACUUAAAUGUAAGAUUGAUGGAAGUCCUUUACCAAAAGUUCGAUGGAUGAUUGAUGGAGAUGAACUUCCUGCAAGUGAUCGUGUCAAGAUUGAUGUCUCACCAAAUGGCGAAGUCACUUUGGUCAUCGAUAAAGUCAAGCCAUCUGAUUGUGGUGCCUACAAAGUUAUCAUUUCAAAUACAUCUGGAGAAGCUGCAAUGAUCUGUGCUGUUGCUGUUAAGCCAACACCUCGUAUUCCUGAAUUUGUUAAGCCAUUCAAUGAUACUAAUGUCAUUACUGGUGAUCAAUUGAAACUUGAAGCACAAGUUCUUGCUUAUCCAGUUCCAGAAGUACAAUGGAUGAAGGAUGGAAUUGUUAUACAUCCAUCAGAAGCUGUCAACUUCAUUUUGGAACCUGAUGGUGUUAUUGGAAUGACUGUUGAAAAUGUUAAGCCUGAAGAUGCUGGCGUCUACACAGUCAUUGUCCGAAAUGAACUUGGUGAAGCCAAAGCCACUCCAAUUGUUAAGGUUGAACCAAGACCGAGAAAACCACUCUUUAUGAAGGAAAUCUAUGACACAAAUGUCAUUGAAGGCUUCCCAUUACGUCUUGAUGUCAAAUAUCUUGCACAUCCAGAACCACAAAUGGCUUGGUCAGUUAAUGGCAGAGACAUUAAUGGUCAAGAUGGACAUUUUAAAUUAGCUCAAAAAGAUGGACAUGCUUCAUUGAUUGUCGACAAAGCAACACCUGGAGAUGCAGGCAAAUAUCAAGUUGUUGCCACAAACAACCAAGGCGCUGCAAGCACUGCUGCUAAGAUUACUGUUUCACCAAUGAUUGACGAUCAAAUGCCAGAAGAGCCUCCAAGCUUUACAAGCUCUUUGGGAGAAGUAACAGUUGAUGAAGGCAAGGAACUUGCAUUCUCAUUACCAUUCAUUGGAAAUCCAGUUCCAGAAGUUUUAUGGAGUCGCAAUGGCAAACCAAUUGAAGCAUCACCACGUACAAUGCUUACAUGCGACGGUCGUAAAGUUGGAAUUGUCAUUAAUCCAUCAGAAAUUUCAGAUUCUGGAAUGUAUCAAUGCUUAUUGGCUAAUCCACUCGGUGAGGUUGAGUCAAGAGUAAAUGUUCAUGUUCGCAAAAUCUUCCAAAAACCAAACUUCAUGUCAAGAUUCAGCGAUUUGCAAGUCUUACCUGGACAUGAUGCUAAAUUCCCAGCUCGUGUUACUGGAAUUCCAAAACCAGAUGUCUUGUGGUACAAGAAUGAGAAACCAAUCCAUAGCAAUGACAAGUACACUAUUAAAUACGAUGGAGAUACUGCAGUCCUUUAUGUUAGAAAUUGCGUCUCAGAUGAUAAUGGACUUUAUACUUGCUCAGCUCGUAAUCGUGAGGGUGAAGAUUCUUGCGAUGCUCGUUUGGAAAUUACUAAGCAAAUUGAAGAGAAGGAUAGAGCCGAGCCACCAUCAUUCUUGAAGAAGAUUGCCAACUCUGAAGUUAUUCAUGGAAUGAAAGCCAAAUUUACAGCAUGUGUUUCAGGCUUUCCAAUUCCAGAAAUUGAAUGGUAUAAGAAUGGAAAUAAAUUGUUUGGAGGUGAUCGAUUCAAGCUUGAAGCUGAAAAGAAUGGACUUUUACGUCUCAUCAUUAACGAUGUUCGUGAUACUGAUGCUGGAAAAUAUACAUGCAAAGCAAGAAACAAGCACGGUGAAGACAGUUGCAGUGCUGAAUUGGUUUAUGAAGAAGAAAAGCCAAAGAAGGCAUCACCAAAAGAUCCAAGAGAUAUUGGGGACAAAUAUAAGGCAGGAGUUCCAUUACCAUUGCCUGAUCGUCCAUACAUUUCACGUAUGUGUGACACUUAUCUUACUCUCUCAUGGAAGCCAUCAAUUCCAGCUGGUCCAAAAUACCCAAUUACUUAUCAAGUUGAAAUGCUUGAUCUUCCUGAUGGUGAAUGGUAUGUCUAUCGUGGAGGAAUCAGAGGCUGUCAUUCUGAAGUCCAAGGACUUUUGCCUUUCCACGAUUAUCGUUUCCGAAUUCGCGCUGAAGAUCGUUAUGGAGUAAGUGAACCAUCAUCUUAUGUCCAAACUUAUCGUGCAAAACUCGAACCAGACGCACCACGUAUUCAUGCAUAUCUUGGAAAGGGUAUGGACUUUAGACCAGAAAUCCCAUCAUACUUCCCAAGAGAUUUUGAUAUUGAAAAACCAUCUCAUGAUGGAUAUGCUGUUGCACCUCAAUUCUUAAGACAAGAAGAACCAUGUCAAUAUGGCAUUAAGCACCAUAAUGUAAAUCUCUUCUGGUUCGUCUAUGGAUAUCCAAAACCAACCAUUAAGUACUAUUUCAAUGAUCAACCAAUUGAAUGUGGCGGUAGAUUCUCAUGGAGCUACACAAGAAACGGUCAGGCAACACUUUUCAUUAACAGUAUGCUUGAACGUGAUGAAGGAUGGUAUGAAGCUGUAGCCACAAAUGAAUAUGGUUGUGCAAGACAAAAAGUUAAGGUACAAAUUGCUGAAUAUCCACGAUUCAUUCAGAGACCAGAUGAAGUUCAUAUAAUGGCUCGUCGUUCAGGACGUUUAGAAGCUAAGAUUGUUGGUAUUCCUGAACCUGAAGUUCGUUGGUUUAAGGACUGGCAGCCACUUGCAGAAACCUCUCGUUUGAAGAUGAUUUUUUAUGAACCAGACACUUAUGUCUUACUUAUCACAGACGCCAUGAAGAAGGAUGAAGGUCUAUAUUCAAUCAGUGCUAGAAAUAUUGCUGGUUCCAUUAGUGCAUCUGCUAUGGUUCAUAUUGAAGAAGAUGAGGAUGACUAUAUCUUUAAUUCACAUCAUCGUACUCCUUAUGUUAGAUCCCGUCAAAAGCCAUUGUAUACUGACAUCUAUGACCUUGGUGAUGAAUUGGGACGUGGUACACAAGGUAUCACUUAUCAUGCUGUUGAACGUGCAACAGGUCGUAACUUUGCAGCUAAAGUCAUGCACGGUCGUUAUGAUCUUCGUCCAUUUAUGUUCAACGAAUUGGAUAUUAUGAAUUCACUCAAUCAUAGAAAAUUGAUCCGUCUUCAUGACGCUUAUGAUUCAUCCAAGUCAUUGAUUUUGAUUGAGGAACUUGCUGCUGGUGGAGAAUUAGUAAGAGAUCACUUACUUCGUAGAGAUUUCUAUACUGAAAGAAUUGUUGCCAUGUUCAUCUAUCAAAUUCUUCAAGGUUUAGAACACAUGCAUACUAGACAAAUUGGACAUAUGGGAUUAAACAUUCGUGACUUGUUAAUCGCUCAUCCUGGUUCAAAUGAAUUGAAGAUUUGCGAUUUUGGUCUUGCACGUCGUAUUGAGGAUACAUUAGCACCAUUAGAGUUUGGUCAACCUGAAUAUGUUGCUCCAGAAGUCGUUAAUGGCGAAGGUGUUGGAUUAGGUCAAGAUAUGUGGUCAGUCGGUAUCAUUACAUACAUUUUGUUGAGUGGACACAGUCCAUUCUUAGGAGAUAAUGAUCGUGAAACUUUAUACAACGUUAAGAAGGGUCAAUGGCAAUUUGUUGGAUCUAUCUGGAAUGAUAUUUCAAAGGAAGGUCGUGACUUUAUCACAAAACUCUUAGCCUUUGAUGCCUAUCAUCGUAUGGAUAUUAAAACAGCUUUGAAUCAUCCAUGGUUCCAAAUUAUAACUCGCAAGCAUGUUGAUGAAGUUCAACUCAGCACCGAUCGCUUACGUAACUACUGGCAUGGAUUCCGUGAUUGGUAUGCAAAUGCAUCAUGUAGAAGCUAUUAUCGUCGCAGAGCUCUUGCAACUGCCUUUGAUCAUCCAUCCAAGAUGGUUUAUCCACCAGGAAUGAUUUUCACACCUGAGGGAACGCCACCACGCAUUGAGGAUCAAACUAGAAAACCACAUAAAUGGGAAGAUUAUAUUAAGGAUGACUACGAAACUGCAAGCUUCAAAUCUGAGAGCCACUAUCAAUAUGGACCAGAUACAUACUUGCUUCAACUUCGUGACACCAACUUCCCAACACGUUUGCGAGAGUACAUUAAGGUUGCUAAAGGACGCUCACCAAGUUUCAACUUUGCAAUCAAUGACAGUCAAAUGGAUCUUUCUAUGCCAGUCAUUAGAGAACGUAGACGAUUCACUGACAUCAUGGAUGAAGAAAUUGAUGAUGAACGUCGCACAAGAAUUAGCCGCUAUGGAACUCCAGAUAGUGGUACAACAGUUAGCAGACGUAUUCGUAAUGAAGUCAGUGUUAGAUCUCAAUCAUAUCAAGAAGCUGAAGCCAUAAUUGAAUCACGUGCCGAUGGACAUGUUCCAUUCUUCCGUGAAAAGCCACAAACAGUUGCAAUCACUGACGGAGAACCAGCUGAAAUUUCAUGUUUAGCUGUUGGAGAUCCAGCACCAAAUGUUCAAUGGUUUAAGAAUGAUAUGGUUAUUCAGGAAAGUAAGAGAAUCCAGUACCAUAGUGACGCACAAGGACGUUCAAUUUUGAAAUUCAAUCCAGCAAUUGAAUUUGAUAUUGGAAUCUAUAAAGCAGUUGCACGAAACAAGAUCGGUCAAACUUCAUCACGUACUCGUGUUGUGUAUGCUAUGGUUCCAGAUGCACCAGAAGCUCCUGAACCAGUCGCUGUGAGUGACACAGAAAUUCUUUUACGUUGGAAGCAACCACGUGAUGAUGGAAAUUGUCCAGUGAUUUGUUACUGCUUACAAUUUAAAUCACCAACUGAUUCACAAUGGAGAGACAUUGCCACCAAUAUUGAUCAUGAAUUCUACCUUGUUCACGGCUUACAACCAAAGCACAAUUACAUUUUCGGAUUAGCUGCAUGCAAUAGAAUCGGAUGGAGUGAACGAGGAUCUACAACCGGAUCCACAACUGAAAUUAUCACGACUGCUGAAGCUGGAGCACCAAAGAUUCAAGUCACACGAGCAAUGAAACAUUUACAACAAAUCACAGAAUCUGGUCAACAAAUUUUACCAGAAGACGACAAGCCUAAAGUUGAUUAUAGAUUUGAAACAGAACCAAUUGAAUGGUCCUCAGAGCCUUCAUAUACCGAACGUUAUAGCUUUAUUUCAGAAAUUUCUCGUGGACGUUAUUCAGUGGUAGUUAAAGGAGUAGAAAAGCAAACUGAUUCAGUUGUUGUAGCCAAAAUCUUCGAAUAUACACCAGAGACCUCAAGUCAAAUCCAAAAAGAAUUCGAGAAUUUAAGAACAUUGCGUCACGAAAGAAUCGCAUUCUUAAUUGCAGCAUAUAAACCUCAAAAUGCACCAAUUGCUGUCCUCAUUCAAGAGAAGCUUCAAGGUGCUGAUAUUUUAACAUACCUUGGAAGUCGACAUGAAUAUUCAGAACAGACUGUUGCCACAAUUUUAUCACAAACCCUCGAUGCCGUCCAAUAUCUUCACUGGAGAGGAUAUUGUCAUUUAGACUUACAACCUGAUAAUAUUAUCAUGGCAUCCGUCCGUUCACAACAAAUUAAACUUGUUGAUUUUGGAUCAGCACAGCCAGUUAGCAAAUUAGGAUCACAUGUUCACUUACCUGCCAAUGGAAAUCUUGAAUACACCGCACCCGAAGUACUAGCUGACGAGCCUGCAUAUCCACAAACAGAUAUUUGGUCAAUCGGUGUUUUGGCAUACAUCUUACUUUCCGGAUGCAGUCCAUUUAGAGGAACUGAUGACAAUGAAACAAAGUCAAAUAUUAGCUUCUGUCGAUUCAGAUUUGAAAAUCUCUACCGUGAUGUAACACAAGAAGCAUCAAGAUUCUUCAUGUUCAUUUUCAAGCGCACACCACUUAAACGUCCAUCAGUCGAGGAAUGUUUAGAGCACAGAUGGUUGACAGCCACAGAUUUUAUGAUCAAAAAACGCGAACGUACACAUUUCUCAUCCGAAAAGAUCAAGAGAUUCUCAGAAGAGUAUCACGCAAAGAAGAUCGCUGAGGCUAAAAAACGUGAAUCAGUAACGAGUACACUACUGAGUGGACGAGCACCACAGCAACUAUUGAGAACAAAUAGCAUUCAAGAGGAACUACUGACAACGUUCUAG